UCCCUCCCAGCGUGCCCAGCCUCGACUGCCGGGCGGAUCACCUUCCGCUCCAACAAGGCCAGUUCCUCCUCGCCAAGACUCACGCCCGUCGUGCCAGGCAGGGUGCGCUCUGCCCCGCAGCCUUACAGGUGGUAUCUGCUCCUUGAGACGGUUCCCGCCAGGCUAGGCAGUGGAGCGCCGCACAGCGUGCCUCCCUGCCUCCCAGCUGUCUGCCGGGCAGUUCAGACUCAGCGCUGGCAGGCCUGCUCGGUCGAUCUUCGAUCCAAAGAUGCGGCGGAGCUGGAAGAUGGCUCUGUCCGGGGGGCUACGGUGCUGCCGCCGAGUACUUUCCUGGGUGCCAGUGCUCGUUAUUGUCCUCGUUGUGCUUUGGUCCUACUACGCCUACGUCUUUGAACUCUGCCUGGUGACUGUAUUGAGCCCAGCAGAAAAAGUUAUCUACCUCAUAUUCUACCAUGCCAUCUUUGUGUUCUUUACCUGGACCUACUGGAAGUCUAUAUUUACACUCCCACAACAGCCAAAUCAGAAGUUCCACUUGUCCUAUUCAGACAAGGAACGCUAUGAAAAUGAAGAGAGACCUGAAGUCCAGAAGCAGAUGCUCAUCGAUAUGGCCAAAAAGCUACCGGUUUACACAAGAACUGGGAGUGGAGCUGUUAGAUUCUGUGACCGGUGCCAUUUGAUCAAGCCAGAUCGCUGCCACCACUGCUCUGUCUGUGCCAUGUGUGUAUUAAAAAUGGAUCAUCACUGCCCUUGGGUUAAUAAUUGCAUUGGAUUUUCCAACUACAAAUUCUUUCUUCAGUUCUUAGCUUAUUCUGUUCUCUACUGCCUGUACAUUGCUACAACAGUCUUCAACUAUUUCAUCAAAUAUUGGAGAGGGGAAUUGCCCAGUGUUCACUCAAAGUUCCAUGUUCUUUUCCUCCUCUUUGUGGCCUGCAUGUUUUUUGUCAGCCUUGUGAUUCUCUUUGGUUACCAUUGUUGGCUUGUCAGCAGAAACAAAACCACCUUAGAGGCCUUCUGUACUCCAGUGUUUACAAGUGGCCCAGAGAAAAAUGGGUUCAACCUUGGCGUCAUCAAAAAUAUCCAGCAGGUGUUUGGCGAUAACAAGAAGUUCUGGUUAAUACCUAUUGGGUCCAGUCCUGGUGAUGGACACUCCUUCCCUAUGAGGUCUGUGAAUGAGUCACAAAACCCACUGCUAGCAAAUGAAGAGCCCUGGGAAGACAACGAGGAUGAAACACGAGAUGACAUGAUUCUUUAUAUGGAAAACCCAAAAGACUCCACCCCCAAACUACUAGAACUCAUACAACAAUUCAGCAACGUGGCAGGAUACAAAGUCAAUGUACAGAAAUCAGUGGCUUUCUUAUACACUAACAAUGAAAAUACAGAAAGGGAAAUUAGAGAAUCGAUUCCAUUUACUAUAGCACCAAGAACCAUAAGAUACCUGGGGAUAAACCUAACCAAAGAGGUAAAGGAUCUGUACUUGAGGAACUACAGAACACUCAUGAAAGAAAUUGAAGAAGACACAAAAAGAUGGAAGACCAUUCCAUGCUCUUGGAUCAGAAGAAUAAACAUUGUUAAAAUGUCUGUACUGCCUAGAGCAAUCUAUAUUUUUAAUGCUAUUCCGAUAAAAAUUCCACCAGUAUUCUUCAAAGAGCUGGAGCAAAUAAUCCAAAUAUUUGUAUGGAAUCAGAAGAGACCCCAAAUCGCUAAGGAAAUGUUGAAAAACAAAAAUAAAAUGGGGGGCAUCACGUUACCUGAUUUCAAGCUUUACUACAAAGCUGUGAUCACCAAGAUAGCAUGGUACUGGCAUAAAAACAGACACAUAGACCAGUGGAACAGAGUAGAGAGCCCAGAUAUGGACCCUCAACUCUAUGGGCAAAUAAUCUUCGACAAAACAGGAAAAAAUAUACAGUGGAAAAAAGACAGUCUCUUCAAUAAAUGGUGCUGGGAAAACUGGGCAGCUAUAUGUAGAAGAAUGAAACUCGACCAUUCUCUUACACCGUACACAAGGAUAAACUCAAAAUGGAUAAAAGACCUCAAUGUGAGACAGGAAUCCAUCGGAAUCCUAGAGGAGAACUUAGGCAGUAAUCCCUUGGAUAUUAGCCACAGCAACUUCUUUCAAGAUACAUCUCCAAAGGCAAAGGAAACUUCUUUGAAGAUAUGUCACCCUAUGUCUUUUGAUUGGAGUGUUUAGUGCAUUUACACUCAGAGUAAUUAUUGAUAGAUAUAUAUUUAAUACCAGUUUAUUACUUGUUUUAUCAUAGUGUCUAGAGAUUUUCUCUGAUCCUUGUCUUUUUUAAAAGAUUUAUUUACUUAUUUUAGAGAAAGCAUGGAGGGGAGGGACAGUGGGAGAGUCUUAAACAGACUCUGUGCUGAGCAUGGAGCCCAACACAGGGUUCCAUCUCACAACCCUGAGAUCAUGACCUGAGCCAUAACAAGAGUCAAAUGCUCAACUGACUGUGCCCCUCCUUUCUUAUCUUUAUCAUUUUUGGCUUUUUCCUUUCCACUCAAAGAGUCCCUGUUAAUAUUUCUUGUGGGAUGGGUUUGGGGUCAUGAACUCCUUUAGUGUUGUUGUUUUUUUUUUUCCUGGGGAACUCCUUAUCUCUUUGUUCUGAAUGAUAGCCUUCCUGGAUAGAGUAGUCUUGGCUGCCAGUUUCUCCCACUCAGUACUUUUAAUGUAUCAUGCCACUCUCUUGUCACUUGCCAAGUUUCUUUUGAGACAUCCCCAGCUAGCCUUAUGGUUUUUCCCUUAUAAGUUAAGGACUUCUUUUGUCUUGUUGAUUUAAGAUUUUUAUCUUUAUCCCUGUAUUUUGCAAAUUUAAUUAUGAAAUGAAAAGUGUUAGCAUGCUUUUGUUGAUUUUGAUGGGAAUUUUCUUAGCCUCCUGGAUCUGGAUAUCUCAUUCCUUACCCAGGUUAAAGACAUUUUCAGCUAUUAUUUCUUCAAAUAAAUUUUCUGCCCCCUUUUCUCUCUCUUCUUUAGGACUCCUAUAAUAAGAAUGUUGUUGUGUUUGAUGAAGUCAUGAGUCCCUUAAGUCUAUUCUUGUGUUGCAUAAUUCUUCUUUCCCUCUUUUGUUCACCUUCAUUACUUUUCAUUCUUUUGUCCUCUAGGUCACUGAUUCAUUCCUCUUCUUUUUUUUUUUUUUAAGAUUUUAUUUAUUUGUGAGAGAGAGAGAGUGCACAGGCAGACAGAGAGGCAGAGGGAGAAGCAGGCUCCCCGCGGAGCAAGGAGCCCGAUGUGGGACUCGAUCCCAGGACUCUGGGAUCAUGACCUGAGCCGAAGGCAGCCGCUUAACCAACUGAGCCACCCAGGUGUCCCUCAUUCCUCUUCUUCUUGAAGUCUAUUGUUCAUUUCAUCAAGCCUGUUUCCAAUCUUAUUUAUUAUAUUUUUCCUUUCUGAUUUUUUUUUAACACUUUUCUCUGUGGUAAGGAUUCCCUAAUGUCUUCCUUUCUUUUCUCAAGCCCAGUGAGUAUUCAUAUAAAUAAUUCUUGCUUCAAAUUUUCCAUUAGGCAUGUUACUUAUAUCUGCUGUAUUUACAUCUCUGGCUGGCCUUAUCUUAUUCUUUCAUUUAGUAUAAAUUCCUCCAUGUUUGUGUUUUGUCUAAGUCUCUACCUUCAUCUCUGUGUUGGAAAAGCCAGUUAUGUUUUCUUUUCCUGAAUGUAAUGGCCUUAUGACAAUGGGGUCAUGUAGUACCCAGGGCCUGGGCCUUCAGGGAGUCCCUGAUGUGUGCUUUGUAUAUUCUGCUGUUGUGUUUAAGCUUCUCUAUCCUUCAGGCCAGUCAUCUGCAGAGGCUCUACUUACCUCCAGUGGGCAGUGUUUGAUUCCUGUCCUGAAUGAGGUUAUCCAGAAGCUUCAUCAUCUCUCACCGUGGAAACAGAAACAUAGUGGUUUACACAUUUCCUGCAUCUCUCAGG